GUUGCUCUGGUCCACCCCUUUCCUCCGCAUUCUCCUAACGAGAGAGAAAGAGAGAGAGAACGCAUGAUGAUCCAUCAACGACGUCUACCCCAGUUGGUCAGAUUGUGAUAUGCACUCUUCCUGGUUGGCGUAUGCAACAGAGCAUGGAGCCUUCAGACCCUGACACUGUUCCAAACUCUGUUUCGUCAAGCACGCCUCUUUUCAUCCAACACCCUCGAUUGCCUGAAUCUGCAGGUUGCUCUGAAAAGGCCUCGGCCACCCCCAUCAUCUCCGUGUCACUGCAUGUUCAUCUCGGUGCGAGAACAAGGCCGUCGACGGCGCAGCAACUACCUCGGCGUUAGCAAAACGGCUCGUUCUUCCAAGCUCUCACUCCUUUCGGCAAUCACAGGCUUUUCUCAUGGAUCCAACGACAGUGGCGCAACGGUGACGCAGAAGUCGUACGAGAAAUCAUCCUCGCGAUCCAGAAAGCCCACAAGGACAUCCAAGAAGAAAACGCACAAAACUCCCCCCGCCCAACCUCUCACCAAACCCCAAACGUCGUCAAUGAAGCCGAGUAUGGCAAGGAGCUCUGUCGACGUAUUUCAAUUCUUGGUGGAUGAUAAUGAGGAGGACAAGCAGUCAAGGCCACCAGACCAAAGCCACUCGCUGGUCAAGGAGGUCACCUUCACCCCGGUACAUACUGACGAAUCUGAUAAUGAGAGCAGUGCAGUCAGGAGCCUUCACAGCGAUUCCGGGGUAUCAAUGGCUUCGGUGUCUGUCGUAACGCCGAGCGUGCGCGGAGGGGUGGACGAUCGCUUACCGACUGUGAUCGAAACACCACAGGAGAAGACUGUGAACAACGCUGUAUCCAAGGACCGGGAGAGUCAGGCUACAAGGUUGAGGCUGACAUAUCCGGACAUACCGCAGGCAACACACCGGCGGCAUGAUCGCACUUCACCUCCACAGUCACCCCGGGCAGAAUUCACACCAAGGCGAACUCCACGUUCGGAGAAGUAUCUAGACCCAGACUUCGAUUUUCCCCGUGUUGCACCCCUUUCUGGCUAUGACCUUGUUGCCGAUACCCUUGCACAAGGGCGACUCCCUCCUGUAUUUCGUCGCUUCCAGAGGGUCAAUUUUCGGAUCUUGCUCCAAUUGCAAGACGAGAUCAUCGAGAUGGAGGAACAGCUUGCGUCUUUGGAUGUUGCCGAUACAAGGAGCCGCCUGAGACCUGAUGGGAGUGCAAUACCCGCUUCACGGAGGCUUCAAUGGCAACGUGCUCAGUCAGACUUACCCGGCCAACGCUUGGAGGUCCUGGGACGCCUUUAUAUCAAACUUGAACAGUACUAUCAAGCUCUCGACGCCGCACAAAAAGUCUCUAAGGCUUGUUUUCCUGCUGUACCAGCCGAAAUUGAGAGUUUCCGGACGUGGCUGCGAGACAACAAACCAUUGACGCCGGCCGAGUCCAAGUUUCUGGACGAAGACGAAGAUCUGAUUGUGCUGAAUGACACAACAUCGUCGACGACACGCACCGCCAGAUCUACAACCCCUGAUUUGAUCCCGCUUUGCAUUUUGUCAACAACACUAUUUCCAUUGAUUUGCUUCAAGCUCACUUCUGGCGUCCUCAACAGAUUAAUUGUGCUCUUUGCGGUGUUGGUGGCCGGUUUGGGAAGCUUGGAGAAGCUGGACAAUUCUCGGGCCCACGAGCAUAAGCAAUUACUCGUUGCAUGUUUCGGUGUCUCUUUUUUGGUUGCUUUGAUUUUCUAACGAAUACCCUUGUGCGGUGGAUCAAUCGCAUGGCCCGGCAUAUAUGAUAUAGUAUCAGCGUGGAGUUUAUGAGUCUGGAACCUGAUGGGCUAUUUUGUGUGUGAGUACCGAGGACAUGACAGCUUUAUGAGAUAUAGAUCACACCUA